CUCACCGGUACAGUAAAAACCACCAUCGUGUUAGUUGUUGCCAUACUGUUGUGCUAUUACCCAGCCAAGCAAGGGUCUGUUCGAGUCGGCUCCUCCCAUCAGGAUUAUUUCUGAGUCUGGCUAGUGUUUGUCUAAUCUCUCAAGUGGUGGUUACAAAUCCGAACAAGUUGUACGAAGGCGUCAGUUCCUGUUUUCACCUAUGGUUCCCGGAAGGUGUUUGAGUGUGCGUUGUCAGUUAUUAUUAAGUCCCCCUUCAGUCAUACUGUUAGGUGGCUGCCUGAAGGAGAAGGACCAGGAUGUUGCAACAGGUGGGGUCGGGGCUCCUGAAGGCGGCGCAGGUGCUCACCGUGGAGCCUGUCCUUCUGAUCGAUGGUGCCUGCAACCAGGCCAUGCUUCUCUUCAUCGAAAAUGUUCAAAUGAAUAAAAUUUGUACCAUUAAUCUCAAUUAUUCAGCUGAGGUGUGUGCCAACCUGUCUGCCCACCCGGAGGAGAACGUGGUCGUGCAACAGGCGUUUAGCAUCUUCGCCUUCUACAACAGCAUCAUCAUGUCCGUGCUGCCCCUCCUCUGUGUGCUCUUUAUGGGCGCUUGGAGUGACAAAUACGGACGCAAGAUUCCGCUGUUGAUGACACUGACAGGUCAUGUGUUCUACGCUGGUGGGUACCUCUUAAAUAACUAUAUGACGUCUUGGCCUGUGGAAAGUAUAUAUGUGGUGACCUUCCUGGAGGCGUUGGGAGGAGCGUACAUGUGUAUCUUGUCCACCACCACCAGCUACGUCAGCGACAUCUGCACAGAGAAGAAUCGCACCUCCCGUGUCAGUACAGCUAACUCGGUGUGGUACCUUGGAGGUCCGGUGGGUACUCUCAUCGGUGCUAUAGUCAUUAAAUAUUACGGAUAUAAUAUCGCUCUGGGGCUUGUGUUGGCGGCUUACCUCUCAGCAAUACUGUACGUCAUCUUGUUCAUCAAAGAGAGCCACGGACCCUUCGCUAAGCAAAGUCUGCAGCCCAAGGGAUCCAUUAAGAAGUGUCCGCUGAAGAAAGAAGACGUAAAGAAGACACAAAUGUUUACAGACUUCUUCAACUGGCAUAGAGUGAUUGAGUCCUUCAAGACGGCGUUCAAGAAGCGUGAGGGUAAUGCUCGGACAGUCCUCCUCCUAAUUAUCUUCUGCAACAUGCUGUGGCGCAUGUCAAGAGGGUUCUUCAUCUACAUGUUCGUGCGUCGUGUGUUGCACUGGGAAGCCACCGACUAUGGGUACUGGGCCACCUACCGCAACCUUGUCGCUGCCACCGGGUCUCUGGUGUUGGUGCCCCUGUUGACACGGCUGGGAUCCAUGACGGACUCACUGCUGGUGGUGUUGGGUUCUGUCUCCAUCAUCGGUGAGUACAGCAGUUACGGCCUCGUCAGCGACGUCGUCUACAAGUUCUUCAUGUGGCUGGGACCGCCCAUUGGUAUCAUCUCCAACGCCAGCAUCAUCGCCUUCAGGUCCAUGUCCACCAAGCUGGUCGCCGACGAUGAAAAAGGUCGGAUCAACGCGGUGAUGGCGGCAAUGUACGGGCUGAUGCCCAUGGCUGGCUAUGCUGCCUACGCCCCUAUCUACUACCACACUGUGAACGACUUCCCCGCCGCUCAGUUCUUCUUCGCCGCCUCACUCAACGUCCUAAUCAUGAUCAUCUUCAUAGUCAUCCAGCUGACGAGUGUGUCGUACUCUGCGUCAAGAGACCUGGAGAAAUCCACCGUCGCCGUCACUGACACCAACACAGAUCUACAAGAGGAGAAGAGCGGUUUACUCGGCACUAACGACGCCCUCACUGACAUCCUCAACACCCCUAUCAAUAGUCCUUUAAAAGAAAUGUCUCCGAAAGAGUACGAGGCUUUCAGGUCGAGCCUAGGAAAUGGACAAUUUUUGACGCCUCGCCCUUUGUGAUGACAGGAAGUUGCAACUACCUCACAUUAUCCUCAUGCAUGUAGUGAGACUUUGUCUGACUAACCUAAAUGAUGAUAGUGAAAUAUUCAUGCCAGUGAUGUAAUUUUAAGUAAUAUUAUAAUAUAUUAUCUUCGUUGUUAAACCAGUACCUGUUAAAAUAGUUUUGUUGUGAAAAAUAAUAAUAAUAAAAAGUCAGGUUAA